AAAGCACGGAGACAGAGAGAUGGGCACGCAGGUUGGGGGAUAAAAGAGGCAGGGGAACGGGGAACCAGAGAGAGAGAGAAAGAGAGGGCAGCAGAUCAGGGGUGGGCAUUGCAUCUCGCUUUCGCAUUGCACUUGCACGCACCACCAUACGCCGCACUGCUGAGCUCUACGCCUACUCCUAGUCCUGUACAAAACCUGCUCCGGCGUCUGGCUGUACCGCUAGCCUUAACCCCUAGAGCGAGACGGAGGCCUACGGAGGAGGAGGGAGGAGGAGAGGGCGUUCAGGAUUUCAGGAGCAAAGUGCAGACUGCACAGCGGUGCUGUGCCUUGCCAUACCGCUACGGCCGUGCUAGGCUGUGCUGCCGCAGAGGCGCCGAGGCGGGGCAUUCGUUCCUCUCCGUUACGAGGAGAGGGCGAGAGGAGGAAGAUUUGGUGGGGGGUUUUUCACCGCAAGGAAAGAUGGAUUCUUGAUCCCCGGCGCGGCUGGUUUGUUGCGGCAAGCUGAAGCAUUUUGCUCGGCAGUCGAUCCGGUCCAGGAUUCGCGGCUCCCGGGUCAGAAUCUUGCCCUGAGGGGCGAAAUUUCUGCGGGAUUUGAGGUUUCCUUCCUCCAGCGACGCGCCCUGCCUUGUCAGGAGUCGAGGAGGGACGGUGGGUAGGAGGAGCGCGGGGUUCUUCCAUUGCUGUGGUUCGUGGUUUCUGGGAGUUAUUAUGAGACAAUGAGAGAAGAGAGCAACAAGAAGAGCAAGCUCUCCUGGUCGAAAUCCCUCGUGAGGAAGUGGUUCAACAUCAAGAGUAAGGCGCAGGAAUUCCAUGCGGAUUGCGACGCCGCCCAAGGGAGGGACGGGCAUGGCACUGAAUGGAGGACCAGCUGCUCAGAGAGGGAGGCAGGCGCGGCCAAGAAAAGCAGAACUGACCGGUCGUCGAAGCGGAGUAGUAUGGACCGAACCCGAGGAGGAAAAAACGACGUUGUCGAUGUGGCAUGCCUCACAGAAGUUCAGAAUUACAGAAUCUUUGCCUCCACAUGGAAUGUCGGCGGUAAAUCCCCACCAAGGGGAUUGAAUCUUGACGACUGGCUCCAUUCUUCACCUCCAGCUGAUAUCUAUGUGUUAGGAUUUCAAGAAAUUGUUCCUUUGAAUGCUGGAAAUGUUCUUGGCACUGAAGAUAAUCUCCCAGCGAAAAAAUGGGUAUCGCUUGUCAGGAGGACACUGAACAAGAAUCCUGGCUCAUGCUGUUAUGGUGGCUACCGCACACCAUCUCCUGUCCCUGAUCCAGUUGUAGAACAAGAUGCUGAUUUUGAGGGAUCAUCGAGAAGGCAGGACAGUUUAUCCUAUUUGCAUCGUCGGUCAUUCAACCUUAGCCGGAGUUUAAGAGUUGAAAGGAACCAUAUGCUGUCACAUCCAAGGUUGGAUCGUAGGUUCAGUGUCUGUGACCCAGUUAGCUUGGGAGGGAGGCCAAGUGAUUUUGAUGGGAACUUCCCAUUCAUGGGGUCACCAGAUGAUCAUUGUAUCGAGGAGGAUACAAGCAAUGGAGCAUAUUUUUCACCCUUCCCAUAUGGCUAUGGUGCCUGCGCACCUAUGGAAGAAAAUGAUUAUCAGACAAAUACAUCUAGGUACUGUUUGGUUGCCAGCAAGCAGAUGGUUGGUAUAUUUCUCACCAUUUGGGUACGCAGCGAAAUAAGAAAUGAUGUGAGAAACCUGAAAGUUUCUUGUGUGGGUAGGGGACUAAUGGGUUAUCUUGGAAAUAAGGGGUCUAUAUCCAUAAGCAUGUCUUUGCACCACACAACCUUUUGUUUUGUCUGUUGUCAUUUGACCUCCGGUGAAAAGGAGGGAGAUGAACUUCGGAGGAAUUCUGAUGUUAUGGAAAUUCUAAGGAAGACUAGAUUUCCACAGGUCCGUGGUGCUGCUGAUGUCAAGUCACCAGAAACAAUUCUUGAGCAUGAUCGUAUCAUUUGGCUUGGGGAUUUGAAUUAUCGGAUUGCUCUUUCGUACUGCUCAGCUAAAGCUCUUGUUGAAAUGCAUAGUUGGAAACAACUAUUGGAGAAAGAUCAGCUACGGAUAGAACGAAGAUGUGGGCGUGUUUUCCAGGGAUGGAAAGAAGGCAGGAUUUAUUUUCCUCCAACAUAUAAAUACUCAUUCAACUCAGAUCGUUAUUCUGGUGUGCGUCCCAAAGAAAAGCGGAGAACACCUGCUUGGUGUGAUCGCAUUUUGUGGUAUGGUAAUGGCCUCAUGCAAUUGUCCUAUGUUCGCGGAGAGUCUCGCUUCUCUGACCACAGGCCAGUGUACAGUAUUUUCAUGGCUGAGGUUGAAAGUAUCCGCCACAGAAGAAGAAACGUGGGCUAUUUCAGCUCUAGAAUUGAGGUGGAAGAGCUUUUGCCAUAUCCGUACAGCUCUGGAGAAAUGAAGUUCUACUAAUUUGGCUGACACAGGCAUAUGGCUGGAGCUUGUUUUCUCUUUCAACUCAAGGUUGCUGGGUCCUUGAACAAUAACUGGGGAUGUAGAUUGGUUGGAUGAUCAGGUGUAAACCUGCCUAUUUUUUUCAUCUGACUUUCAUAGCUUCCAGUCAGACGGUUGACAUUGCACAAAAACUAACAUAAAGGAUAGUUGGGCAAUUUUGCAAGUAACCAUUUGCCUGUGGACAGCCAUGUUGAAACAAGGAUCGGCCCACAUCUGUACAUUAACCACACAGCUCAGAAGAAAAAAAAAACCUUUUCCCCCAUUUGGUUCUCAUUUUUUAGGGAUGUUAAUGAACAUACAUUUUUUUUUCUUCUCCCUUUGCCUUCGGGAAAUCUGUUAGAAUGAGAUUUUUGGGUGUAUCAGCAUGAGCAUGACGUGUAAAAUCAUUGCAAAUCGGCAAAAGGUGAAAUGAUGCUUGAAUUGAACUGAUCCUUGAUCAUGAUCUCCAGUGCUGAGGGAACAGUUAUAGAUUGAUGUGACUUCAGAGGUUUGCAAAGGUGUAAUCAUGUGCAUACCCUUUUUUUAUCUUUGUCCCUGUGGUGUAGUACCUGAGAAGCAAAAUGAUGCCUGCAUUUGCCGUGCUCAUUGCUGUGGCAGGGGGAGAAAAAAAA